CGAUUUGUAUGACGAAUUCAUGGAGGACCUGCUGGAGGAUGAUCGCUCAAGACCAACGGAAGUCUACCAAAGGAUAUCGAGUAAAUGGCUCGGUCAACUACGGAUUCCAAUCAGCACCAUUUAUCUAAAUCAACGCAUUGAAGGAACUUUUGAAAUCAAAACGCCACCAAUUCUGGUCGGAUACACGCGUACCAACAGCAACGAAAGCCCAGAGUACGCGUCCAUGCUGAUCGGAUCCAGUCUACCGGAUAUGCGCGAGCUGACCCAUAUUUCUUUAUUCAUCAACCUGGAGCCGAACGUGGAGAUUCCCAAGAUUGACACCAAUGAGCUGGAAUGUGUAGAACUGGAGCAAACCAAAACCCGGGUCUACCUCUGGUUCGAGGAAUAUCGCAACGAGUUUCCUUCGAGAGCCAAACUGCCGCUGGUUACUCUCCUAAGUGGUAAGAGAGUAUGCGUUACGAGACUCCUUGGCCCUGUAAAUGUACCCUUUGUGAUCGAUGAAAAUGUGGAACGCAUGAUAAGGCGAUACGUCUCGCUGAUUCCGGUAUAUUACAAUACGGAUGCAUGCUCGCAGCUUGAAGGAAUUUGGUUGACAAAUAGAGAAAUAAUUAACAUAAUGUGCGCUUCACCGAAGGAUCUGGGAGUGCUGCUGGUUUGUUUCUACCUCAUUCUGGAGUUCGACGCUUACCUCGUACUUGGACAUAGCCUGCUAACCGGAGACAGCACUUUCGUUUUACUACGCGAAGGGCAAGAUUACUUCAUAGUUGAUCCAACAAGUGGCAAAAAGUACAACAGCACCGAUACGUAUUGUCCGUUGACUCGGAUCUACUACAUCGUAAGCCAGGACAACGUAUGGGGUAACAUACAAAAAGAGAAUCGAGUAUUUCUGACUCAGUUGGAUGUCGGUAAAUCCGCUUAUUGGAGACCGCUGUUUAACCGUUCCCAUGAAGCCCCGACUGGUUGUAUACACGACGGCAACUUCUUGUACAGGAAUCCUCUGAACGUUCGCGAUCUGCAGAAAACUAUUGAACGAAAGAUCAUGAAGAAAAUUGCCUUCUGGCGAACGCAUCGCAAAACUGUUUGGAACAGAUACAUCAGCGACCAGCUAAGAUAUGCAUUAUCUGCUCUGGAGGUGGACCUAUGUAUGGAAACUAAUACGGAUCGGCACUUGGAAGUGUUCAACCAACUAUUUGCGUCUUACAAAAUCAAUGGAUUUCCCAUCAACCUGCCGUACACCAAUCUGUCGACAAUCAUAGCUCAAGUCAAAAGCACCGGAAUCCAUCUCAAUUCGGAAAACAAAGUGGAAUUUUCGCUGGGUGUUUACAUCAAAGAAUACCCGAGUAAUAUCUAUUCAGUGUGGAUAUUUCUAGUUUCGUUGGUUCCCAAAAUGUAG